GAAUUCCUGGAAAAUUAUUUCCUGGGAAUUUUUACAUGUGAGGCAAUUCUGAAAAUAGUUGCCCUCGGAUUUGUGCUGCAAUCUGGGGCCUACUUGCGCAACGUCUGGAACCUUCUUGAUUUCACUGUCGUGAUCACAGGCUACAUCACGGUGUUUGCUCAAACAGGAACAGGAAUUGACCUACGAACGCUAAGAGCUGUUCGCGUUUUACGACCGCUCAAACUGGUUUCCGGAAUACCUAGUCUUCAGGUUGUCCUCAAGUCCCUCAUCAAAGCAAUGGCUCCUCUCCUGCAAAUAGGUCUUUUGGUCCUCUUCGGAAUAGUCGUUCUUGCGAUCGUGGGACUGGAGUUCUACGGUGGCGGGUUCCAUCUUACUUGCUUCGAUGAACAAAAUCCCCAAGAAUUGCCAAAUUCCAUCCCCACCGUGGCUCGCUUAGUGCCAUGUGUGAUCACUAAUGACACUCACACCCAUGGAAAAGGUGUCCCACCUGGUGCUUUCGUCUGCCCCACCGGCUAUGUCUGCAAAGGAUACUGGGAGGGACCCAAUUUUGGCAUCACUAGCUUUGACAACAUCGGCUACUCCAUGCUCACCGUCUUUCAAUGCAUCACCAUGGAGGGCUGGACGGAUAUCAUGUCCUCUGUAAGUAGUCUCACCUUCUCCUUGAGCCAAAGCUCCUCAGCCCUGUCAUCCACACCACCUCACUCGCAUUACUCUUCCAUGCCUUUGCAGACGGACUUUGCCUUCGGAAACCGCUUCAAUUUCUACUAUUUCCUUACUCUCAUUGUUGUUGGGUCAUUUUUCAUGCUUAAUCUCGUCCUCGGUGUGCUGAGUGGGUAA